UGGUACUCGAACACUUCUGCUUAUUUGCCAAUUUUGGCAGGUUAUCUCUAUUUUUAUUAUAAUUUUCUACCACGUGUCGUGGUAUAUAUUUUUGUACAGCGACCACCGUUUAGUCGAAGUCAAGAAUUAUAUUUUUUAUAAUACCUUGUUUUUCUUUCUGGUGACGCGAACUCGGUUCACAGAGCUGCUGUUUGGUGUUCAACUUGCCCAGACUUGUCAUUGACUCGUGUUUACUACAGUACUGGGCAUAUUUAUUAACUAUUUAUUUAUCCGAGAACAAACUGUGCACUUCGCUGGUUGGGGAAAAAUGGAUCAAAUAGGAGUAGCUGCCAAAGAAAACGAGACUGAUUCCGUGUGGAAACCCAAGAGCCCAUGGGGAGCCCCUAACAGUGUGGUAAAUCCCUGCUCCCUGGCUGAUGUGAUGAGCGAGCAGCUGGCGAUACAGCUCAAUGAGGAGUUCUCGACCUACCCCAGCUGCCCGGAAGUUCCUGAAUCCCUCAUCACUGGCGAUAAUAUCGAGACCUCCAGUGACCUGAUGCUGGCCCAGAUGCUGCAGAUGGAGUUUGACCGGGAGUUCGACACGCAGCUGCGGAGAGAAGAGAAGAAGUUCAACGGCGACAGCAAGGUGUCCAUUUCCUUUGAGAACUAUCGGAUGGUGCAUCCAUACGAAGACAGCGACAGUUCGGAAGAUGAAGUUGAUUGGCAGGACACUCGCCACGACCCUUACGGACCUGAUAAACCUUCAACAAAUCCCAGGAAAGGGUUUGCAGGAAAAGGCAAAAACAUUACGACAAAGCAUGAUGAGGUUGUGUGUGGCAGAAAGAACACUGCGCGGAUGGAAAACUUCGCACCGGAGGUCCAGGUUGGGGACGGGAUAGGCAUGGAUCUGAAGCUCUCGAACCACGUCUUCAACGCCUUGAAGCAGCACUGCUACUCUGAGCAGCGCCGCAGUGCCAGGCUGCACGAGAAGAAGGAGCACUCCACUGCAGAACAAGCAGUGGAUCCCAAGACACGUUUGCUGAUGUUCAAGAUGGUUAAUGCUGGAAUCCUGGAAAACAUCAAUGGAUGCAUCAGCACUGGAAAAGAGUCUGUUGUUUUCCAUGCCAGUGGAGGGAGUAUGGAUGACAAGCCUGUGCCCGCGGAAUGCGCACUGAAAGUUUACAAGACUACACUGAAUGAGUUCAGAAACCGGGACAAGUAUAUUAAGGACGAUUAUCGAUUCAAAGAUCGGUUCAGCAAACUGAACCCACGCAAAAUCAUCCGCAUGUGGGCAGAAAAGGAAAUGCAUAAUCUUACUAGAAUGCAAAAGGUAGGAAUUCCUUGUCCUGAAGUUGUUAUCCUGAAGAAGCACAUUUUGGUCAUGUCUUUCAUUGGAGAGAACCAGGUCCCUGCCCCCAAGCUGAAGGACGUCAAGCUGAACAGCGAGGACAUGAAAGGGGCCUAUUUCCAGGUCCUGCAUAUGAUGCAACAGCUGUAUCAGGAAUGUAACCUUGUUCACUCCGAUCUGAGUGAAUACAAUAUGCUUUGGCACGAUGGCAAGGUGUGGAUCAUCGAUGUGAGCCAGUCUGUGGAGCCCACACACCCCCACGGGCUGGAGUUCCUCUUCAGAGACUGCAGGAACGUGGCCUUGUUUUUCCAGAAAGCUGGAGUGACUGAAGCGAUGAAUGUGUACGACCUUUUCAACGCCGUCUCUGGCCUUCAGAUUAAAGCGGACAGUGAGGCUGAGUUCGUUGCUCAGAUUGAAGCUCUGGAGAAGAUGAAUGAAGAUCAUGUGCAGAAACAUGGCAGAAAAGCUCCCUAUUUCAGUGAUGAUGGGGGUCCUCCAAUAUUAAAUGAUGAUUAGCAGUUGUGAUUCGAACACAACGACACUGGAAAAAGUCGUGUUUGGUAUGAUGUGUGUGUUGUUUGAAGACUAAUUACGUUACAGCCGCCACAGUAAUCAAGAUGAGAAAUUGCAAUAGUUGGGGGGGAUAAUAGUCGAGUAAGAUCGUGUGGCAAAAUCAAUUGCAAAAAAGGCAACAGAAACAGUCUGUUUGAAUCCUGCUGUCGCGACAUCGUGUUUAAUUGCAGUCAUGGAAUGAUGACAAGUGGUCUGUGGUGACAGUUGGGGAUUUAAUGAUGUGUUCUAAACAAAAUAUAUUUUUAUUCCAAUAAGGCAUUAAGAUACGCAAGGGAAAGAUGUUAGGGUGUGCCGAUAUUUUUGAUUUUCAUAACCCAUACUGAUAGCCAGUAAUAUAUCGGCAAAUAUUGAAUACUGAUAUUAAGGAGCAAUGGGCCAUGGUGCUUCAUAUCUGUUCAGGCUGAUCAUAACUUCGUUCCAGGCUCAUGGAAGCCAACGUACAGUAUCAGUGUGUCCCUAACAGAUGCCUUAAUAUGUGAUCAGCGUGUUCCAUCUCUUGGCCCUUUAUUGUGGUUUCCAAGGAACUGAUGUUAAUGAUGCCUUUUUAAAUAACUUCUUCUGCUCUUCGGUGAAUGAAAAAGCAUUGGCGUGGCUGAAUUGCUGCGGUUUACAGUUUACAGUUUGACAUGAUGUCAACACUGAAAUAAAACGAAACGGCGUUAAUAAAGUUCACUGCAAGAGCCAAAAA